AUGACUGCAUUGGGUCGGGCAGAGGCCUUCGUGAAUUCCUUCGACGCAGAACGGGAUCAAGCUCAGGUAUCGAUCCGUCUGGAAUACCUGAACAGCAUGUGGGCGUCCCUGGAGGAGGUGCAGGGGCAGCUAGAAGACAGCGAGGAUACCGAAGAAGGUAGGCAAAUCAACGCAGACAUACGUGCCGAUUUUGAGCCUCGGCUGUUUCAAAUAAGAGCCGACUUGAUUUCCAAACUUCCUGUUUCAAGUCUACCAGCUCGCAUCCCUGAAAAUUCGUCUCACACUUCCGCUCUCUCUGGGUUGAAACUUCCGACCAUUUCUCUCCCUGAAUUCAAUGGAGACUACAUGCAGUGGCUAGGAUUUCAUGACACCUUCUUGGCAUUGUUCCACUCUAACGGGGACGUUCCUUCCAUCCAAAAAUUUCACUAUUUAAAGGCAGCUUUAAAAGGUGAGGCAUCGCAGCUGAUCGAAUCGAUAGCCAUCAGCUCCGCGAACUAUAACUUGGCUUGGCAAACACUCGUCGACCGAUACGCUAAUGAUUAUCUACUGAAGAAGCGACACUUGCAGGCUCUGUUCGAUAUCUCUUCGGUUCGGAAGGAAUCUGCCGCGUUUCUGCACGCUCUAGUCGAUGAAUUCCAGCGUCAUACUAAAACUUUGGGUCAACUAGGUGAGCCGACUGACUCCUGGAGCAGCAUCCUGGAGCAUCUUCUAUGCACUAAACUUCCUAGCGACACACUGAAAUCCUGGGAGGAUCAUGCAUCAACGAAUAAUCAACCGAACUACGACUGUUUGAUCGAAUUUCUACAGCGACGAAUGCGAGUCUUGGAGUCCGUCAUGGUUAACCAUCAUCAGCCACCAUCCGUUCCAUUUGUGUCCACGUCUACGUCCAAGAAGUCGUCGAACUUUCGCUUGUCAUCUUGCGCUUCCACAUCCAGGCCUGGAAGCAAAUGUCCUGCUUGUAACCAGGAACAUCCGCUAAUGAAAUGUGCAAAAUUCAGCCGAUAUUCUCCAACCGAACGGCAGCAAUUCGUGUCUGCUAAACGACUAUGCCACAACUGCUUGAAAAGCGAUCAUAUCGUUCGAAAUUGUCCUUCGAAUUACAAUUGCAAGCACUGUAAUAUGCGUCAUCACUCCAUGCUGCACUCCAGUGAAAAUUCUAGGUCAGCAAAUGAACCAACCGCCGUUCAUACGUCUAUGCCGACUCAAGUGGUUCAGCCCAUCGACAAUAAUGGAUCCCAAUCUUUCAUGGCAUCAGCGGAGAGUGUUCACAGAGUUGUUGCCAGUACUGCUGCGCCGCAGCCUCGAGAAUAUGUCUUUCUAUUAACUGCGUUGGUUAAGAUUAUUGAUGCUUACGGUCAGGACCAUACAGCUCGUGCUUUACUCGACAGUGGUUCCCAGCCUAAUCUCAUUACUGAUCGUUUGGCACGCAGUUUGCAUCUGAAGAGAAGUCCAGUGAACGUGACUAUCCAGGGAGCAGGCAAUCUCUCCAAGAGGGUGCGUGAAACAAUCUUCGCUCGCAUCAAGUCCCAGAAUGAUCAAUUUGAAUGCGGGAUCGAGUUUUUACUGAUGGAUACGGUUACUGCAGAUCUUCCUGCGCAGGACAUCUCCGUUCAUGAUUGGCAAAUUCCGCAGAAUUUAGUGUUAGAUCCCCUGUUCAACAAGAGCCAGCAGAUUGACAUGGUACUAGGCGCAAAACAUUUCCAUUCAUUCUUCCCUAGCACAGCUCGUCUCCGGAUGGCCGAUAAUCUUACGAUUCUGGUGGACAGCGUAUUUGGUUGGGUCGUCACAGGCUCAGCUACCACGACACACCCCGCUCAGCUGCAGUCCUCAAAUCCUAGUAUCGUUGCUGUUUCCAUGCUGACACUGGAGGAGAGUAUGGAACGAUUCUGGAAAACCGAGGAAUUAACCGUCAACAAUAACUACUUCAUCGAAGAGCGCUACUGUGAAGAUUUCUAUCAAUCUACGACAACACGAGACGAGUCGGGGCGCUACAUCGUUCGUCUGCCACGAAAGCCCGACUUUGAUGCUAUGUUAGGAGAAUCUAAAAACUGUGCACUUCGCUGUUUCUCUCAGCUUGAACGGCGACUCGACCGCGAUGAAACAUUGAAGAAGGAAUACCAUAAAUUCAUAAAGGAGUACCUCUCCCUUGGCCAUAUGCGACUGGUCGAGCCGGACGACGGAAAUCACUCCCACACGUUUUAUCUGCCCCACCACCCUGUCCUAAAGGAAGAUAAGGAAGGAAUCGUGUGGCAUUUGACUCCCCCUAAAGCACCAAACUUCGGGGGCCUGUGGGAGGCGGCGGUGAAGACCGCCAAGAGACAUUUGUUUCGGCAAUUGGGUAGUACACGCCUUAGUUUCGAGGACUACUAUACGAUUCUGCACCAAAUUGAAGCGGCCAUGAACUCACGUCCUCUGUUGCCGAUGUCCGAUGAUCCCAACAACCUUGCUGCAUUGACACCGGGGCACUUCCUUACCGGAUCAUCGCUUCAAGCCUUGCCCGACCCAGAUCUUCUACACACUCCAGUGAACGCCCUCGACCAUCUACAAAGACUGCAACAACACGUCCAGAAAUUUUGGUCACACUGGCGAUCAGAAUAUCUGCAGGAGCUGAUAAAGGAUACGAAACGUGCUGCUCGAAACGACGAGAUCCAACCAGGCCGCAUGGUAAUCCUGGUAGAUGAAAUGCUGCCAGCAAUCCGUUGGCCACUAGCCCGCAUCACACAAAUACACCCUGGAAGCGACAAUUUGACACGCGUGGUAACUUUGCGUACAGCAAAAGGAAUCAUAACAAGACCAAUCACGAAGAUCUGCCUGCUACCAGUUCCGGAAUCGACUCCCGAGGAUGAGCAACUGGAUGUUCCAGCCAUCAAUCACCAUCCUGAGCAACAAGAAUAA